GGACACACAACAGUAAACGUUCUGAGGAGGAGGCCGCACCCAAACUGUUUUACACCAGCUGGUUGGGAGAAAAUGUGCUUGUUUGGAUCAACGUAACCGAGUGAGAGAGACAACACAACCACUUAGUGUCCAACAGAAUUGGUUUAUUGCUUUGCUGCCUGUGGCUUGAAGGGAAAAUGCUUGUCGAGGUGCAUUUGUUUGGCUGUAGAGGAAUUUUAUUUGUGUGCAACACGUGAUCAAACCUGUUGAAUGUUGAGGAAACGGCAAACUUGUCUACAACUGUCAGAUUUUGUAAGGCAAACAGUGACAGAAGCAAAUGAAAUUGAUUUUGAUGCACAGAGUAGGGCUGGACGAUGGCUUGAAACGACGCAGUUCAUAAUUGGCAAAUGGCAAAGGCUGCAAUUGAAUACUUCUAUUUAUGUGUUCUAUGUUAAUGCUGCUUAAAAAUAAUGGAAAUAUGCAGAUUUUAUCCUGGCAUUGAUAUCUUGAUAUAUUGACAUCUAAAGCCCCUUUCCCGCCUCGCCUUGGCACGACAUUGUUAUUUUGCAUUUCCAUUAGCACCUGGUGCAUCUUGUUGUAAAUCUAUGGCACAGUAAAUAGUCAACUGGAACAUUAAAGGUUCUCACAACCAAAUUGCAAUAUGUCAGGAAAAUCAGAAUUUGACAUUUUUCUCAUAUCUUUCAGCCCUGAUAGAUAUUUUAUUCAUCUCCUUGGGUAAAUUCCAGUCUCUAGUGGCUCACAUAAGUAAACAAAGAACACAAUAACAACAAUAAAAGACAAAUGCCAACAUUGAAAGCCAUUAACAUCACUAUAAGCUUGCACUAUGCACAAAUAAACGGCGUAAUAAAAUGAUGUUGUGGUGUCAGAGUGGGUUUCAUGAUUUUCUGCAAUUAAUUGGCUGAGGUGUUAGAAAAGUGUUGAUGGCUUUGAGGACAGAAAAUGCCAGAAAUUGCACUCUAAUGUCAGUCUGUGCCUCCGCACAUGCACAUACUUAAACUUCAAGCCCCCGUCUCCAUAUUUAACACUCGCCGGCUCAAAAGCACCUGUCGUUUGUAACCUCAGCUCCUGCAGAAUUGCUCCGUGUGCAGCUUUUUUUUGUCUGAUUGCAGUUAAUUUGAUUCCCUGCAUCGACUCUUAAUCCACAUUAUAGACACAUUUCCACCUGAGCUGGAGAUCAAUCAGCCUGCGACUGACUGCUGUGAUGGACGAGGAAGUGCUCAUUUGUUCGUAGUCCAAACACAAACACAAACACACACACACUAUAGAAGGCUGUUUUGUUUAUUCACUCGUCUGGAUGUGCAUUUCAGAUCUAUGUAAUUCCUCUGACUAUGACAAUUCCAUUUAUCCACAAUGCAAUUCUUCCUAUCCACUGUUGUCGUUCCAGAUAUCCACGACUCCGUCCUUCCUGCAGAACAGAUGACUUCACUUUUUACAGUUGCAUCUUUAAGACAGACUGUUUUUGCUGCAGUGAACGGUAGCCGUGGAGAGCGAGCACGGGAGCGAGAUAGAGACACAACAAACCGACUCGAACUGAGGAAGAGCGAGAGAGUGAGAGGAGGAGGAGGAGAAGAAGACGCACAGAACAACAAGGAGUCAGGUCAAGGGACGAGGACAAUAAUAAGAAUUCUGAUAAUAAAAAGUCGAUAAAAGCGUUUUAAAGGAGGCUCCGGACAAGCCACUGCUGCGCUUCACAGGAGAGGAACCUUAACUGGAGAGACCGACACCAACACAUCCACACUCCGGAGGAGGAAUAUAACGGUGACAGUCCAGAGCUCCUCUGCCCUCCUGAGGAUUCAGUGAGACAGGCGGAUCUGUGCGCCCGACCAUGGCCUUCCCAUCAGCCCCCUCCGCAUUAUGGAGUGUCAGCUUAUUGACAGUACUAUUCGCUGCUGCGGUUCACUGCAACAUCGUCUAUGAUGACGACCCCUUGCAGCCGGUGACCUCAGAUGAGACGGUGUCCGUGGGGGGCACAGUGACAUUGACCUGCAGGGUGGCCGAGAGCGACGACUCCUCGCUGCAGUGGUCCAACACGGCACAGCAGACCUUAUACUUUGGAGAGAAGAGAGCACUCAGAGAUAACCGCAUCCAGCUGCACCACUCCACAUCCACCGAGCUCUCCAUCACCAUCAGCGACGUGCAGUUGUCCGACGAGGGCGAGUACACCUGCUCCAUCUUCACGAUGCCCGUGCGCACGGCCAGAGCCACCGUCACUGUACUAGGUGUGCCCGGUAAACCUCAGAUGUCAGGCUUUGAGAAAGCAGUGCCAGAGGGCAGCAAAGUCACCCUCACCUGCACCAGCACCGGCAGCAAACCCCCCGCCAGGUUGAUCUGGUACCGUGGAGACCAGGAGCUGGAGGGGCGUCCAAACGUGGUGGAGGCUGUUCCAGACAACCCCACGUACAACGUGAGCAGCGAGCUCACGCUGGAGGUGAGCCGCGAGGACGACAAGGCCGUCAUCACCUGUGCUGUCGACCAUCCGUCUCUGGCCCCGGGGGACAAGAGGAGCGAGCACGCCCUGCAGGUAUUCCCUAUUGUGGAGAUCCAGCCUGGGAACGAUUUGCCGAGGGAGAAGUUUUAUCUUUUGUGUUUGGGCAACAGCAACCCAGAGCCCAACACCUACAUAUGGAAGAAGAAGGACGGCGAGCUCCCCCCUCUGGCCAAAGCCGACGGCGCCUACCUGCGCUUCGAGAUGCUCAACAAAUCAGAUAACGGCGUCUACCUUUGUCACGCGGACAACGGCAUCGGCAGCAGCCAGGGGGAGUACACGCUCCUGGUGCAAGACCCCACAGCCAUGUUGACCUCUUCGGGGGUGGACCACGCCGUGAUCGGGGGUGUGGUGGCCGUUAUCGUCUUCAUCCUGCUCUGCCUCCUCAUCGUCCUCGGCAGAUACCUCAUCAGACACAAAGGGACGUAUCUGACCCACGAAGCCAAGGGCUCGGACGACGCCCCGGAUGCCGACACGGCCAUCAUCAACGCAGAGGGAGGCAACUCCGGAGCAGAGGACAAGAAGGAGUACUUCAUCUAGUCAGAGGAUGAAGCACUGGACGGAAAGAAGCGACGGGAAGAGGAGGAAAAGUUGGCGGACGUGUGUUAGAGGGAAGGUUAGGAGUGAAGGGGAAAAAAAAGAAAAGAAAA